AUGCACACCAAAACCCACCUCGCCGCGUUCACCUGCGCUGAAGGCCAGCCUCUUCAGCUCCAAGCCCGCCCUACCCCAUCCCCAGGGCCAGGCGAGCUCCUCGUUGCUGUCAAAUCUGUCGCCCUAAACCCAGCAGACGUGAUCAUGCGCAAUCAAGGCCUCUUCAUCCAAUCCUACCCCACAGUCACCGGCUUCGACACAGCAGGGCUGGUCCUUGCGGUCGGCGACGAUGUCCCUCCCCCGUUUCGACAAGGCAUCCGCAUAGCCGCCUACGCCUCAUCGGUGUGGAAAGGAUGCAGUCCAGACUAUGGCGCAUUCCAGGAGCGUUGUCUCGUUCCCUGGCAGCAUGCUACUGUCCUUCCAAAUGACAUAUCCUGGCUGCAUGCGGCAACACUGCCCGUCGCCGUGCAGGUACCAUUGAGCGCGUGGGAUACUAUGAAUAUUACCCAAGCGCGAGGAACGACGGCCGUUACCGCUACCAAAAGAGAAGCUCUUCUUAUUUGGGGCGCCUCCUCCAGCGUCGGCACCAUGGGCGUGCAAACGGCACGGCUGCUGCGGGACGAUUCCCAUACUUCCAUCGCAGCCGUAUAUGCUACUGCCGGGGCUGCGAAUAUCGAAUAUGUGUCUCUGCUGGGCGCGGACCGGGUAUUUGACUAUAAAGACUCGCAGGUCGCGAACGCCAUCAUAUCGGCCGCUAGGCAGGACGGGCUCGCCAUCUGGCAUUGCUUUCUUGCCACGGGGGAUCUGCGAAUCUGUCAGGCUGUGCUGAGGGCAUUCCUUGGCGGGGAAAAGACAACGAUGAUUGCGUCAGCACCCCCCAUCCCCUCGGACGCGGAAGUCGUCAAGGGGAUUGAGACUCUAUUCCUCGUGCCACCAAUGGAGGAAGCGCAAAGGCUGGAACAGUUCCGGAACUGGAUGGCAUGGCUAGGGGAGAGCCUUGCUAGGGCAACUAUUCGACCUAGUCCGGAGCCCAAUGUUGUGGGAAAGGGCUUGGGGGCGAUCAAUGCUGGGUUGGAUAGACUGCAACAGGGAGUAAUUUGCUGGGCUUACUGUAUCGUUAUCAUCUAUUUUUAA